UUGACUUAAUGAAUUAUUUCACCUUUAGUCAAUCAAACAGAAGGCUGUCAUUCAGUCCAGCGCACGAGCAUUUUGAAUAGGUGUAUGGCCUUCCAUAAUUGCAAUAAUGAAUGUCAUUGUUGUAUAAUACAUGCGCCUCCCUUGGAUGUUUGGGAAACACGGUAGCCUGAAAUUGCUCUGAGAAUAAGCAAGACAAUGGAAGCUAGCGCAUGCGCUCUGUUUCUCAUCAUAUCGUGGAGCGUAUAUUCAUGUCUUGCUGAAUCAGGGUUUCUGAGCCUUGAUUGCGGUGGAAUAGGAAACCUCACAGAUUCUAGUACCGGUAUUACGUGGACUCCCGAUGACAAGUACAUCCAAGGCGGUUACAGAAAAGCCAAUAAUGACCAAACCCUUGAAUUUUAUCAUCAAAGCUUACGAGUGUUUCCCAAGCCUCUCAACAAAUCUUGCUAUCACCUGCCCAUCACUCCUAACGUGCCUUUCUUAUUAAGAUUAUAUUUUGUGGGAGUUAGAUACACGAACCUGAUUCCAAAUUUCAACUAUUCUAUCGAGACACAGGAAUUCUUAAGCUUAAGAAAAGCGACAUUUCAAAGGAAUCCCCCACAAAGGAGUGAGAAGAUCUUGGUCAGUGGUGGGCAAGUGCUGUAUAUUUGCUUAAUCCGAGCCUCAGAGGAUGUUGAUCCAUUUAUUUCUUCUAUCGAGUUGAGACCUCUUCGACAAGGAAUGUACAAUCAGGUUAAGUCCAGAUCAAUGUUGCAUAUGCGAGCGAGAAAUUCUUACGGCGCAUCUAAGCAGAUAAGGCACCCUGAUGACCAAUUCGACCGGAUGUGGGAUCCUGACGUAGCUAAAGAAUUAUAUAAUGUUAGCUCGGUUGAGCCGAUUUCAACAAACAACACAGAAGAUCUUCCUCCGUCUGUUGUCAUGCAAACGGCCGUGGCAGUGCCUGCAAAUGACAGUACAGUUGAUCUUGAUUUUAUAAACUCCGAGGAGGAGACCUUACUCUUACUUUAUUUUGCGGAGAUCGAAAACACUUCUGGGUCUAGAAUUUUCGACAUUAAUAUUGAUGGCGAAACAAAAUUUACAGGUCCCCAUCUUGUCAGAAAUCAUUCUGCCAUAGAAGUACCUAUCUUAAUUGACAGAACAUUGUCCUUGUUGACAUUGUCCAAAACCUCUAACUCUACCAUGAGUCCUAUCCUGAAUGCUUUGGAGUGGUACGAAAGGGUUACCACGGCACCUCUUACCUCUUCGGAAGACGUUCAAGCUCUUGCUAGUGUAAAGAAAAUAUUUAACCUAAGUAAUUGGAAUUGUAUCUCGGACCCAUGCUUUAUUUAUCCGUGGGAAGGAAUAAAUUGUAAUAACGGCCCUGAAAUAGUCAGAGUCUUAGAGAUCGACUUAUCGAACAGGAAUCUGACAGGAUCGAUACCUUCAACGCUUGGAAACAUGACUGCGCUGGUUAAAUUAUCGCUUGACAAUAACCACCUUACGGGAGGUUUACCAGAUUUAUCCAAGCUAGUCAUCUUGGAGAGACUGCAUUUACAAAACAACGACUUAAGUGGGGAUGUUCCAGACUGGCUCUCUGAGCUACCUAAUCUGAAAGAGUUGUUUAUAGGCAACAAUAAUUUCAGUGGUGUGAUUCCUCAAAAGCUUCAAGAUCUCAAUUUACUGGAACUUACAUAUGAAGGCAACAACUAUCUUUGUGUGAGAAAGGAGGAAUGCCGACUAUCUUCCCAUUCACAUGGGCGUAGGGGGAAGACUGUAUCAGUACCAGUAGUAGUUUGUCCAAUUGCAAUAGCAGGUAUUAUUUCAUUGCUGGGUAUUAUCAUCUAUCGAAAGAAAUUCGGGAGAAAGGAGAUUGCCAAUUCAGGUACUCAAGGCACCCCUACAGGGAAUAGGGAAUCUAGAUACGUGCCUGGCCAAGAUAACUUGAUUAUUUCGGUUCCAAGCACACCAAAAUCUCGUUCGUUCUCUCUCGAAGAGAUGAUGACAGCUACUAAAAACUUUAGCAGCAAGAUUGGACAAGGUGGAUUUGGAUCAGUGUUUCUUGGUGAACUUGCGGAAGGAAAACAAAUUGCUGUGAAAAUUCUUUCUUUUUUCUCAGAACAAGGGAUUGCACAAUUCUUAAACGAGAUUGAACUUCUAUCGAGAGCUCAUCAUAGGAACUUGGUGUGUUUGCUCGGAUAUUGUAAUGCAUCUAGGGAUCUCAUGCUUGUCUAUGAGUACAUGUCUGGAGGUUCACUAAAUGACCACCUCUAUGGCCGUAACAAAUCGAAAUAUCCUAAAUUGGGUUGGAAAAGUAGGCUUAAAAUUGCAUUACAUGCAGCACAAGGAUUGGAAUACCUACGCACAAAUUGCACUCCUAAAAUAAUUCACAGGGAUAUAAAAACAGCCAACAUUCUUCUCGAUGCCAAUUUAACCGGCAAAUUGGCAGAUUUUGGUCUUUCAAGGGUGGCAGCCGAUGAUGUUUCCCAUGUCAUUACAGCUGUGAGAGGAACUGCUGGAUAUGUAGACCCCAAGUAUUUUACCACCCAUGUGUUGACAGAGAAAAGUGAUGUGUACAGUUUUGGUGUGGUUCUAUUAGAGAUCAUAUGCGGUAGAAGACCUAUUGAUAUAACCCUAUCCGAACCUCAAGUCGACCUUGUCAAAUGGGUUAUGCCAUUAGUGAAAGAGGAUGAAGAUUUUAUGAAUAUCAAGGAAUUGGUUGACAAGAGUAUGGACAAUAACUAUAACAAAGAUUCUGUAAUCUAUGUCGCUAAACUAGCCAUGAGAUGUAUUGAAAGUGAGUCUAUUGAUAGGCCAUCUUCAAGUGAUGUCGUAAUGGAGAUCAAAGGUGCCAUGAAAUAUGAGAUUUAGGAACGAUAUGGCGGCCUUCAAUAAUUCUAAGAAUUCUAUAAUGGAAUAUGAGAAUUAAUAUACAAACAAAGUCUCUUUGUAGAGUUUGGUACUCAAUGAUACACAUCCGUUAGAUUAAGACAUGCCCUUUCACAGGAAGACAAAAAUUUGGUAUCCUUUACUGUGAAAUUCAUUGUAAUUUAUAAAUUUUAGCACUGAAACAAAUAGAAACCUAAAUUUUUCUUC